AUGGAUUCCCUGCAUCAUCGUCUACACGCGUCCCCUCAUUCUGACGACGAAGCCGAAUACUUGGACGAGCAAGAACAAGAAAAACUAUUACAAGAACUAUGGAUUCAAAAUGAAAAGUCGAAUCUGUUCAUUCAGAGAGGAUUGAUAUUGAUUGGAUUUCUUGUUUCUACGAUCUAUGUUGCGUUCUCAUUUGAGAUCCUCUAUUCUCAGUCGGGUUUGCCUUUGAUUCCAAUUCCAACCUCUAUUCCUCAAACAUCAACCAUAUUUUUUCCUCGUGCAGCAGCAGUACUGAGCAUUCUCUCGCUUUAUGCAUCGAUCUAUACUCUCCUUACUACCUGUCGACUGUCGGUUCUUGAAGCUCUCUGGAAAACACCUGCCCACCGCGGUCUCGGCUCUCUUGACCUAAAAGGUGCAGCCGUAACAUCCGCCCUGGCCUUAACAAGUCCACUUUUAGCUUUGCUAGGACAGACAUCAUGGGUCGAGCUUGGUUUCUGGACAAUUCCUCUCCUUGUUCUCCUCUUAGACUUUUCGGCCUACCAUAUGAUGUGUCAAGUUGAAGCUAAUUUUGGGGAUCUCGAAAAGGCCCGGUACAAGUUUAAGGCGGUCUGA